AUGCGCUUCCCAUACGUAUUCCUUGUCGGCAGUUGCGGGACUGUAAGAGGCGCACUUUUCACCGUCCUGUCCGGGUACCCAACAGGAAACAUUGCAACAUUUGAGGAAGAAGAAGAAGAAGAAGAAGAAGAAGAAGAAGAAGAAGAAGAAGACGAAGAAGAAGAAGAAGAAGAAGAAGAAGAAGAAGAAGAAAGAAGAAAGAAGAAGAAGAAGAAGAAGAAGAAGAAGAAGAAGAAGAAGAAGAAGAAAGAAGAAGAAGAAGAAGAAGAAGAAGAAGAAGAAGAAGAAGAAGAAAAAAGAAAGAAGAAGAAGAAGAAGAAGAAGAAGAAGAAGAAGGGCUCUCCGGAACAGGACGGAAAUUGCAAACUCGCCUAA